AGCAGAUUUUGAUCCGCAGCUGAAACACUUUUGUUUGAGCUCUCGUUAAGGAAGCAAAAACGGCAAACCAGGACUGUUUACAACUGUUAAAUACGCUGCAUGUUGUAUUUCUCGUCCACAAAACCAAGCGACUAAAGCAGACGAGAGGGGAAAAGAAUAAAAGCAGAUCUGAGCGGCCGCUGCAGAGUUUGUUUUGAGGGGGAUACAGCCAUGCCUUUUCCGAGGGGAAAGAAACCCACAGUCACCGCUGGGAGCAGGUUACCCAAGCUGAAUGCCAAAGCGACUGAGAACCAGGAGGAAGGCCCACAAGUCAAGAGGUCUACCUCCCCUCCUCAUGGAGCUCCUAAGAAGAGGACAGCCUUUAUCGACAUCACUAAUGCCCAUAAUGUUCACAUCAGCCUUCCAGGGAGGAAGAAGGAACCUGCAAAGAAGCAGGUGAAGAAAACGAGCUCCACAGCUGUGCCUGCGAAGAAUCAAGCCAACCUGAAAAAGUCUUCCUCAGUGAGCUCAGAGGGAACGACGGCGGAAAAAGAGAAGACCGACGCAGAGGAGGAGAAACCCAGCGAGAAGCAAGAGGAGGCAGCUCCAGUAGAACAGCUGACAGCUGCCGCGCCCCCUGCUGUCCGCGAGGUGCCAGCACACCUCCAGAGACAACCGAUCCCAGAGGAGUUCGACAUUGACUCUGACAACACCGAGGAUUGUUUUAUGUGUCCCGAGUACGCAAAGGAAAUCUUUGACUAUCUCAAACAGAGAGAGGAGAAGUUUGUCCUCUGCAACUACAUGCCCACGCAGCCCAGCCUCAACUCAGAGAUGAGGGCCAUACUGAUCGACUGGCUGGUCGAAGUACAGGAGAACUUCGAGCUGUACCACGAGACCCUGUACCUGGCUGUGAAGAUGGCAGACCACUACCUGUCCAAGACUCCAGUCCACAGGGAGAUGCUGCAGCUCGUCGGCUCCACCACCAUGCUCAUCGCCUCCAAGUUCGAGGAGCGCAGCCCGCCGUGCGUCGACGACUUCCUUUACAUUUGCGACGACGCGUACAAGAGGGAGGAGCUUAUCUCCAUGGAGGCCAACAUCCUGCAGGCGCUGUCCUUUGACAUCAACAUCCCCAUCCCCUAUCGGUUCCUCAGACGUUACGCCAAGUGUGUGAACGCAGGCAUGGACACGCUGACUCUCGCCCGUUACUUCUGCGAGAUGAGUCUCAUGGAGAUGGACUUGGUGCCGGAGAGGGGCUCGCUGCUGGCGUCGGCCUGCCUGCUGAUGGCGCUGGUCACCAAAGACCUGGGAGGAUGGGCUCCCAUCUUGCAGUUCCACUCCGGAUACCAGACGUCCGAUUUGGCGCCCGUCGUCAGAAGGCUCCACGCGAUGCUGUCGGCGCCUCCCGAUGAUAAACUGAGAGCCGUCAGGAACAAAUACUCCCACAAGGUGUUUUUCGAAGUUGCAUCUCUGCCAUUGGUCGAUAUGGAUGUUUUGGAGAAAGCAAUAUCUUAAUGAGAGGUCACCACCACCGCCACCAACUCCCAAAAAAAUAAAGCCUCGUCAGUCUAAA